UGGUUUGGCAUGGACAUUGGGGGAACUUUGGUGAAACUUGCAUAUUUUGAACCUAUUGAUAUCACUGCAGAGGAGGAGCAGGAGGAAGUUGAAAGCUUGAAGAGCAUCCGCAAAUACCUGACUUCCAAUGUAGCCUAUGGAUCCACUGGCAUUCGAGAUGUCCACCUUGAGCUGAAAGACUUAACGAUUUUUGCUCGAAGAGGAAACUUGCACUUUAUUCGAUUCCCAACUCAUGAUUUGCCUACUUUUAUCCAAAUGGGAAGAAAUAAAAACUUUUCAACACUACAUACGGUGCUCUGUGCUACCGGCGGUGGCGCUUACAAGUUUGAAGAAGACUUUCGCACAAUUGGAAACCUCCAGCUGCACAAACUGGAUGAGCUUGACUGCCUUGUCAAAGGCUUAUUGUACAUAGACUCUGUCAGCUUCAAUGGCCAGGCAGAGUGCUAUUAUUUUGAAAAUGCCUCAGAUCCUGAGAGAUGCCAAAAGAUGCCUUUUAACCUGGACGAUCCAUACCCAUUGCUGGUUGUUAACAUUGGUUCAGGAGUCAGUAUUUUGUCAGUCCAUUCCAAAGACAACUAUAAAAGAGUAACUGGAACAAGUCUAGGUGGAGGGACCUUUCUUGGUUUAUGCAGUUUGUUGACGGGCUGUGAAAGUUUUGAAGAAGCUCUGGAAAUGGCAUCCAAAGGAGACAGCACACAUGCUGACAAGCUGGUUCGAGAUAUUUAUGGAGGAGACUAUGAAAGAUUUGGCUUGCCAGGAUGGGCUGUAGCAUCCAGUUUUGGGAAUAUGAUCUACAAAGAGAAGAGAGAGUCUGUUAGUAAAGAAGAUCUUGCAAGAGCCAUAUUGGUCACCAUCACCAAUAACAUUGGGUCUAUUGCCCGGAUGUGUGCAGUAAACGAGAAAAUAAACAGAGUUGUGUUUGUUGGCAAUUUUUUACGUGUGAAUACUUUGUCAAUGAAGCUUCUUGCGUAUGCACUGGAUUACUGGUCAAAAGGCCAGCUGAAGGCCUUGUUCCUAGAACAUGAGGGAUACUUUGGAGCUGUUGGUGCUCUUCUUGGGCUGCCAAAUUUCAGUUGAGAUAAGAGAUGUCGCUACACUGAACUAUUUUCCACCUGAAUGACACUUGUUUAUGGCAAUGGGAACUAAGUUUGGGGAGGGGAGAAGAAAAUAGCAGAUUUUCUGUGACUGUUUUUAAGACGUGAUUAGCUACUGACUAUUGCCGUUAUAAGAAAGGGGGUUUCGCUCUGUCGGGCAUUGAAAAGUGAACUGUUUGGGGAUGGUGUUUAUGUUCUUUGGUACAUGUAG